CGGGAGCCGCCGGCCGCGCACAGGCCCGAGCCGCCGGGCGCGGGCUGGUGUCAUUAAGCGCCCUGCUCGCCGCAAAUUAGCAGCGGGGCUAAUUGCGCGGGGCUGCCGGCGGCUCCCCGCGGCGCCGGGCGCCGCUCCGCCCCGCGGCUCGGCACCUUUUUUCCAUCGUGAUUCUCCUGAUUUUUCGCUGCUGUCUUUCAGCGCUACUUUGCGUGGAAGAAGGCGAAGGGAAAAAGUUGGGAGCGGAUGGCUGUAGUUUCCUCUCUGGGAUCCUCAUUCAUUGCUCGCUGAACCUCCUGUUGCAUAAAUGAUGCUCCGGGAGCGAGGCUUUCUCCUUUUUUUGCUCCUUCGGAUCUGGGUUUAGAGCGGAUGUUACCGGGUUUCGAUCGCCUCUUUGGAAAUACAAUAUCGCUUUUUUUUGUUGUUGUUUUUGCUGCCCCUCCAUCUUUUUUCCCUCCCUUCUUCUCAGCCACCCACCCCCGCCCCCACCCCCAAACCCGCUUGUGCUUCCUGCAAGGCUCGGGACUGGGUUUCUGAUUGCGGUUAUUUCCAUGUUUCUAGGUUUGUGUGAUUUUGCUAAAAUGCAUCACCAACAGCGAAUGGCUGCCUUAGGGACGGACAAAGAACUGAGUGAUUUACUGGAUUUCAGUGCGAUGUUUUCACCUCCCGUGAGCAGUGGGAAAAAUGGACCAACUUCUCUGGCAAGUGGACAUUUUACUGGCUCAAAUGUAGAAGACAGAACUAGCUCAGGGUCCUGGGGGAAUACAGGACAUCCUAGUCCAUCCAGGAACUAUGGCGAUGGGACUCACUAUGAUCACAUGGCGAGCAGAGACCUUGGCUCACAUGACAAUCUCUCUCCUCCUUUUGUCAAUUCCCGAAUACAAAGUAAAACAGAAAGGGGUUCAUACUCCUCGUAUGGAAGAGACUCGAAUUUACAGGGUUGCCACCAGCAAAGUCUCCUCGGAGGCGACAUGGAGCUCGGCAGCGCCGGCGCGCUCUCGCCCACCAAGCCCGGCUCGCAGUACUACCAGUACUCCAGCAAUAACCCCCGCCGGCGGCCCCUGCACGGCACCGCCAUGGAAGUACAAACAAAGAAAGUUCGGAAGGUCCCUCCGGGUCUGCCGUCCUCGGUUUAUGCCCCGUCAGCAAGCACUGCCGACUACAAUAGGGAUUCACCAGGUUAUCCAUCCUCAAAACCAGCAGCCAGCACUUUUCCUAGCUCCUUCUUCAUGCAAGAUGGCCAUCACAGCAGCGACCCGUGGAGCUCCUCCAGCGGGAUGAACCAGCCCGGCUACGGAGGGAUGCUGGGCAACUCCUCUCAUAUUCCACAGUCCAGUAGCUACUGCAGUCUGCACCCCCACGACCGCUUGAGCUACCCAUCGCACUCCUCAGCAGACAUCAACUCCAGUCUUCCUCCGAUGUCCACCUUCCACCGCAGUGGCACGAACCAUUACAGCGCGUCCUCUUGCACACCCCCGGCCAACGGCACGGACAGUAUAAUGGCAAACAGAGGAAGUGGGGCAGCAGGCAGCUCGCAGACUGGUGAUGCGCUGGGGAAAGCACUUGCCUCUAUCUAUUCUCCAGAUCACACCAACAACAGCUUUUCAUCAAAUCCUUCAACUCCUGUUGGUUCUCCCCCUUCUCUCUCAGGCACAGCUGUUUGGUCUAGAAAUGGAGGUCAAGCGUCAUCAUCUCCCAAUUAUGAAGGUCCCUUACACUCUUUGCAAAGCCGGAUCGAGGACCGCCUGGAGCGGCUGGACGACGCCAUCCACGUGCUGCGGAACCACGCCGUGGGGCCCUCCACCGCCAUGCCCGGCGGCCACGGCGACAUGCACGGGUUGAUAGGGCCGGCGCACAACGGAGCCAUGGGAGGUCUCGGCUCCGGCUACGGCACCGGGCUGCUCUCCGCCAACCGGCACUCGCUCAUGGUCGGCGCCCACCGCGAGGACGGCGUCAGUCUGCGCGGCAGCCACUCGCUGGUGCCAAACCAGGUCCCGGUGCCCCAGCUGCCCGUCCAGUCCGCCACCUCCCCGGACCUCAACCCGCCCCAGGAUCCCUACAGGGGCAUGCCAACCGGGCUGCAAGGGCAGAGCGUCUCUUCAGGUAGCUCCGAAAUCAAGUCCGAUGACGAGGGAGAUGAAAACCUCCAGGACACAAAAUCUUCUGAGGACAAGAAACUAGAGGAUGACAAGAAGGAUAUCAAAUCAAUUACUAGGUCAAGAUCUAGCAAUAACGAUGACGAAGACCUGACACCCGAGCAGAAGGCCGAGAGAGAAAAGGAGAGGCGAAUGGCCAACAACGCCCGCGAGCGCCUGCGCGUGCGCGACAUCAACGAGGCUUUCAAGGAGUUGGGCCGGAUGGUGCAACUCCAUCUGAAGAGCGACAAGCCCCAGACCAAGCUCCUGAUUUUGCACCAGGCUGUGGCGGUCAUCCUCAGCUUAGAGCAGCAAGUCAGAGAAAGAAAUCUGAACCCUAAAGCAGCGUGUCUGAAAAGAAGGGAAGAAGAGAAAGUAUCUUCAGAUCCUCCUCCACUUUCCCUGGCGGGACCCCACCCUGGGAUGGGAGAUGCAUCCAAUCACAUGGGACAGAUGUAAAAAAGGUCCAAGUUGCCACAUUUCUUCAUUUAAACAAGAGACCACUUCCUUAACAGCUGUAUUAUCUUAAACCCACAUAAACACUUCUCCUUAACCCCUUUUUUGUAAUAUAAGACAAGUCUGAGUAGUUAAGAAUCACAGACGCAAGAGAUUUCAGCAUUCCCGAUUAUUAAAAACGAGAAAAAAAAACCACAAAAAGUGCAACUUGAGGGACGACUCUCUUUAACAUAUCAUUCAGAAUGUUUAAAGCAGUAUGUUACGAGCUGUAAAUGCACAGCCUAGAGACUGAAUGGCAAUCUUCUCCACACUGUGGGACAAUGCAUUUGUGCCUAAACUUCUUUUGGAAAAAAAAAAUAUAAUUAAUUUGUAAGUCUGAAAAAAAUAUUUAAUUUAAAAUUGUAAACUUGCAAUAAUGAAAAAGUGUACUUCUGAAGAAAAAAAAUGAGCGUUUUUGUUGGUGUGCUAGACAGCUAGUGUUUAUACUUACUGGAUAUUAAAAGGGAAGCUUUGCUGCCCAGAUAUUUACAAAACCAGCAAACGUCCUAAUGAAAACUGAAGUGAUGACAUUAGCCAUUCCUUAGGGUAGGAGGAACAGAUGGAUCUUAUAGACCUAUGACAAAUAUAUAUAUAUAAAUAUAUAUAUAAAUAUAUAUUAAAAAUUUAGUGAAUAUGGUAAGCUUUUGUUCAUUCGUUUCAGACUUUUUUGCUCCUGUAAAAAAAUAGUACUGAUUAACUUUUUUAAAAAGAAGAUUUUACUGUAAAUAAGGAUUUUUUUGUCUUAUUUCUGUCCCUCUCCCCUGUUUUUGUUAUUGUAACCUGUAGUGCCAACUCUGUCUCUGGAGGGGUAGUGCAGGAUGAAAUGCUGACCCUGACGUUGCUUCUCAUCCAUAAAUAAGUAGAGAGUUGUUUCUUCAGUCUUUUGGGAACACAGGACUUAAAAAGUCACGUCAUGUGUAGAUACCGCAGGCAACGUUACCGAGACUUGGCAAAAGGCGUUUGUCCGCAUCGUAAUGUUGCUCUCGUUGACCCUUUUUCUGGGAUUUUCAGAGGUACAAGGUUAGAAUGCUACAAUGUUACCACUGUGCCUUCCAAUGUUUAUAUCAUCAGAAACAUAACAUAAUCAAAGUGGCUGUGAUUUAACGAACCGAUUAAAGCGUUACCUAUGUGUGUAGCCUAAAUAGUGUGCAGUGAGGCGUUUCUGAAUACAUGGUCAGAUUUUGGGGGCGGGGGGGGGGAGAAAAACAUCAAGUGGGAAAAUUGCAAGUAGCGUGACAGAUUCGAUCGACUUUUUUUUUUGUUCUUCUCUUGUUUUUAAGUGGAUUAUUUAAGUGUAGACCACUUGCUGCCUCCUCCUUUCUUUGUGAAAUGCCAAUUUCCGUCAUCAUGCAGCAUUACAACAAGCCUUAUGAGUCCUAAAGCAUUAAGUUGCACUUUCUUGAGGAGGGGUGGUAGUACAGUAUUUCUCUGGCCAGUAUGAAUGAAGUUUUUACUUAACAUAUUUAAUAGUAACAUAGAUCAAACUAUGGCACAGCAACUCAUCUGAUAACUAGCUUUGAAGUCUGGGCACAACUGAACCAACUUCCAUAGUGAAUCUUAAUAACGAUUGACUUUGGUGUACAGUACAAUUAACAGAUAGUGCUCCUAGUUAAGUAUUUGUCAGCAUCCUUUUGUCUCGAAUUCCAGUUUCUAUUUUUACAGCCACACAAACCUGGCAUGUAUUUUAAAUAAAAUCUCCCUGUUCAAGUAGAUUUUCCACCUAUCAACACUGAAUAAAUGCCAUAAAUCCAUCAAACGGUCUAAAUGUUCCAUCUGUUCUCCUGUUUUGCCAGUUAUAUAGUAAUGAAAAAUACAUUUGUAAAUUUUAUGCAACAAAUGGCAAACGUAUCAUUAUUUUGAAAUUGUGUAUGUAAAAGUUAUAUUUUUACAUGUAGACUCUUGUUAUUAUGUGUUUUAAUACAUUGUAUCAGUUUUUUGUUUAUAAAAAUCUGUGUGGUUGAAAAAAAGUCUCAUUUAAAUGAAAUAGUGAGAUACAAGAAUCUGAAUUUUAUGUUUGUUUCUGAAAACGUAAAGAACAAAUAUGAUAGUUACCAUGUGAUCACCUUCUACAUACCCAUAAACAUUUUGAUUAGCUGUGUGCGUGCUGAAAACUGUAAAUAUGUUCAGUAGCGAUAAAACUUAAAAUGUUUUGAUUUGUUGAUAAGUUUCUCAAAUGUGGAGGUGGAUUAAACCACUAGAAAAAAAUGCGAGAGAGGAGAAUACACUAAGGUUUAAUUCCGAAUUACAAAUGCAUAUUACAUUUUAAAUGCUGGACUUUUCACAGGCCUGGUUUAUAUGAAAAUGGGUGUAAUAAAGGUUAAUUCCACCCAGUGUUAAUGACAGCUGAUGUUUCCGAGUGCUGGUAUCCUCAGCAGGAUGAAGGUUUCUGUUUAUCAGUACCAUAUGUAUUGCUGUGUGUGGUAUUAAGAGUAAAAUGACGAUGAACAAGCCAUAUCUUUUUUUUCAGGAAAUUUGUACCGCAGUGGAUGACACUCAGUUGGGGUCCGUACCGGUGCACCACAUGUUCAUUUUAGGGAACUGAGAGCAGCCCUUUGAGUCCUGGAGAGUUUAAGAACCGCGCUUCUGAUAAACCAUGUAAACAAAUAUUAAGACCGGCUUCAUGUUUAUUUAAAGCAAUCUGUGGACGGAAAAUAAAUGGCGCGUUUAGCUUGCGGAGUUUUUAAGGGAAAAGGCUUUCGUUGUUUCGUUCGCAUCCUGCUUUCACGUAGAUGGACCCGGCGCUGCAGUCGGCCCCCGCGGCCCCCGCGGGCUCGGGCACCGUGCAGGGAGGAGGUGGCCGGCGCGGGGCACGUCUGGGCGCAAAGCGCCUGGUUCCUGCGAGACGAACGUCCAGCCCUGCCGGAUUUAAGCGCUGAGGAUCCUAUUCUCCUUCCAUUCUAGAUGAGGGAAGAUUUUUUGAAAAAGCGAGUGUGCAAUCCUUAAUUUUCCCAUUAUUUCCCAAACCAGGUAAGGUGUGUGCAUCUCCAGCUGGCUUUGGCACAGGUAAUUUAGCUGGCGACACUUAGUUAAGCUAACGAAGGUUUUAGAAAGCUGUGCUCUGUGGUCAUAAACCGGGCUAAGAAACUCUUUAAGAAAUAAAUACUGAAAUAGCAGCUUUUUGAGAAACGAUCCACCUCCACAUUCAAGUAAUUUAUGAAUAUGCUGAAUAGGGAAUCUGUUCACCGAGAACUUUUUUACCAUUUGUCUUCUGUGUAGCUGCAAGGAACACUAAUGUUUAUACAACUGUCAGUCCUACCAGUGAUGCAACUUGUACUGAUUCAGUCUUCCGAUUUCUUUUUUUUUUUUUUUUUUUUUUUUUUUUUUUUAGUUUUUUUCAGGGGUUGGGGGGAAAGGCAGUGAAAACGGGCGGUCCGGGAGAGGAGGGUUGCACCUUUGUAUCCAAUAGGCAGAUACGGUCCGUGUCCAAAAGUGAACAAUACGGUAUAUUGCCAGGAAUGAAGAGAUUUCAGCGGAAACAAGCACAAAAAAAAAAAGAGAAAAAAAACACAAAGGAAAAAAAGCAAAAAAAAAGAAAAAGAAAAAAUUAGUCCACUGGUUGACUGGAAAAAAAACCUGCAGGUGGAAUACGAUGAAUUCCAACACCAAGGGGCACCAGGGCCUUCGGGGGGCCCUACCUUUUCGUUCUGGUUUUGUUUCGUUUGUUUGUUUUUUAAAAAAACAUGUUCUUUCUCAUGGGACUUGAAGUUGAUUCAUAUUUGUGCAGUGCUGGUUUGACCAUACUCAUUUCAAGUAUUAUAGACUUAUGUAAUGGUGAAAAUAUAUGAACUGUGGCCUUUUUCAUUCUUGUUACUUGUGAUGCAAUUAAGUGAAGAUAAGAAAAAAAAAAAAGCAGAGAUUUACCAUGUAUCAGUGCCUGGCUUUUUGUUAUAAAGCUUCGUUUGUCUAGUGCUCUUUUUGCUAUAAAAUAGACUGUAGUACACCCUAGUAGGAAAAAAAAACUAAAUUUAAAAAUAAAAAAUAUAUUUGGCUUAUUUUUCACAGGAGCAAUCCUUUUAUACCAUGAAUAUUACGGAAAAAAAAUUGUCAGAUUCUGAAUAUUUCUUCUUUGUAGAUUUUUGGAAUCAUUCUGAGUAAAAGUUUGUUACUUUAUUUUACUAUUUAAAAGAUGUUAUUUUACCAUGUGUUAUUGAGAUGAAACUGUAUGGUAGCUUUUUUUUUUUUAGUUGUAGGUCGCAACGGGGAAGAUUUUGCGACUAUACACAUAGCUGCAGCAGUAAAAACAAAAAAAAUGGGAAAAAAAUGAAAAAAAGGGAAAAAGAUCAAAAAAAAAAAGAUAAACAGUUACACCUUGUUUUCAAUGUGUGGCUGAGUGCCUCGAUUUUUUCAUGUUUUUGGUGUAUUUCUGAUUUGUAGAAGUGUCCAAACAGGUUGUGUGCUGGAGUUCCUUCGAGAAGAUCUGCAAACAAACGACACAGCUUGGUGUAGGCCAUUACCUGUUUCUCAUCUGUAGUUAUUCGAUGCCGUCAUGUACAUGACCGUUCUGUAGCAAUAAAUGUGCCAUUUUUAUAAA